AUGCAAAUGCAACAACCCAAUAUUCCGUUCAACCAAAUGCCAUAUCAAAUGCAUCAACUAAUGCAAAACCCGCUCAAUAUGCCAUAUCAACCACCGCCACAAGCACGUCCAACACAAAUCGAGAAAGAAGAUGAGGACGUAGAGGUUGUGUCAGAAACGCAACCUGAACCUUCAAAAAAGAAAAAUACAAAGAGAAAGGGUAACAAUCAACAAAGCGAUGAGUUUUGGCAAGAAGCCCUUGAUAUAUUACACGCGAUUAUGGAACAAGGCGAGUACAAAACCACUGAUUCUAUCAGCUCCAAGUGGCGCAAGAUGAAUACGUUGAUCCAACGCUUUUGUGGGUUUUAUAACACAACGCUCGCCAACAAACCGAGUUGGUGGAACCACGAAAAUGUUUUCAAUGAAGCGUUGCGUUUAUACGAAAAUGACAAAAAAACUUCUUUCCCACAUGUCCGUGCUUGGCAAAUUGUAAGGGUGGAGGGUAUGGUCAAAUCACCCUAUGGUGUUUGA